AGAACCCAUACUAGCAGCCACAACAGUUGCUAUAUACAAUUUUAGCCAUAUAUUUGAGGUCUUAUAUAAUGUUUCUCUCUCUCCAUCUUUUUAUCAAAUUUCUGCCAUGUUUCAUGGGCAGCAUGUGAGCAGUUUAUGUUCUGGAAAAUGAAGCACCUUUUUCUCUAAUUUCUUUCUUAUUUAACCCUCUGCAGACGAAUGAUGGAAUUGAGAAGAAUUUAAAGUCUGAAGUCGAGGAUUACAAAUUUAGCACUUCUUUCUUUGACAUAUUUGUAAGUGUUGCCUUUAACCACCCUUGUCACACGCCAAUGCUGUUCUUUAGUUAGAUCACUGUAUUCUCUGAUCUAUUCGAUGUGUUUUGCGUCUAGUUUGUCCUGCCCUACAAUGAUAGCCAGACUCCCUCAGUGCACACCCUUAGCUGCUUAUAUACCCGAUAAGCCUGGCUUGAUUGUUGCGGCCUAUUGGACAUAUUUUUUAAAGGGAGCUUCAGUUUUCAAAGUCCCAGUUUUUUUACUGCAAUAUCUUCACAUUGGUGUGAUAAAAUGUUUCCCCCACCCUCCUUUCAUUAUGCAUCUUUACAUUUGGGGUAUAUCUAAACACGUGUCAUAUUGCUGUGUGUACUAGUCAUUUGGUCAUGUGAUCUUAGAUGUAUCUCUGUGUUUGUAUAGCUUCUGGCUGUGUUCCGAUUUUCCUUCCUUAUCCUUGGUUACGCUUGUCUGCGACUCCGUCACUGGUGGGUCAUAGCGGUAAGUGUAUGAGAUCUCUUCAAAUCUUUUAUUUAAGAUGGCGAUACCAUUUCUAAACGGCCAUUGUUGACAAAGUUUUGAAUAAUAAUUUAUCAGUACGUUAAAAUUGGAUAUUUGAAAAAUAUCCUUGUUUCAGCAAGAGAGUAUUUUCUCAGCUGUUUGCAUGCCUCCCAAAUAUCUGGGUGGCUUUUGCAGACCAUUAGGGGCAUGGGUUUCUGUCGGUUGGUAGACAGUUUUAUAUUUAAUGUAGUCCGUGAUGAUAGUGUGUUAUUGUCAUAACAAUAUAAAUGAGAUUACUGCUGCUGUUUUCAUAUCCAACCAUAAAAGGGCAUAAUUGGAAAUGUUCUGCCACGACACUGGGUGGGGGUGAACUUUGUGCUCAUUGUAGAAUGUGUCCAUCGUCCACCCAGAAUAGGGUGGGCCCCUAAUUUACUUUAAAUCCUAUCGUGUAAUGCAAGUAUUCUUUUUGAAGAUCACUUAUUCAGGCGUGAUACUUGUACCCCUCUAUUUCAUCCACUAUACUGUCUUCUUAAAGACUGCUUCAAUCACUUGAUGUAUUGUGGAAAACUGACACUAAAGGGACGCUAUUUGCACACAGACCACUUCACCUCAUUGAAGUGGUCUGGGUGCGGCUUCCUUGUUCCUUUAACCCCAGUUUUAGAGAAACUGAAAUGUUUACAUUGCGGUGUUAAAUCUGCUUCUAUUGCUCCCUGGAGUUUCAUGGAUAUUUACAUCCUUGAUGUUUUGCAUGAGAAUGUUUAACAUCAUCAAAAUCACUGGGGAAGCAUUGAGCCAUGUAGGCGUCGGAGAAGGAGGUAAAUGUUUUUAAAAUGUUAUUUAACCCUUUACAUGGCUAGGGAGGUGGCCGUGGGGGCAGGAGGACAUUAUAGUCUCAGGAAUACAACUUUGUAUUGUAUUGCAAUGGGAAAGCAUUGUGAUUGGCUGAGAUCACCACUUUCGAUUAUGUCAGCCCAGGAAGCAGAUCUGGGGCAGAGCCAGCAGCAGCAGACUUGAGGUCUGAUUUUUACUAUAUUUAGCGUGGCUAGGGGGACUAGAUGUUGUUUUUAACACUGUAGGGUCAGGAAUACAUCUUGCAUUAUAAAUCUCCCUUUCUUCUUUAUAGAUCACAACCCUUGUGACCAGCGCCUUCCUCAUUGCAAAGGUUAUCAUGUCCCAGGUGAGAGGUGCAGCAUUUGUUUUGGGAGAAACUGUAUCUCUCAUAAAAAAAAAAAAAACACCCAGAAGUUACCUUAAGUUUUUACGUAUUAUAGUCUGAGAGUGAAAAGUUGAGAUUGGUAGUGUUAUCUAGAAUUCUGUAAUUUUUAAAUCCGCGUGCAUUGUAAUUUAUCGUUAUAAGAGUUUGUUUGGUGGAGGAGGGGGUGGGGGGAAGAUCAUUUUUUACUUCCUGUUUCAAAUAAUGGAAAAAUCCCAUAAAACUCCAUAAAGCAGAACUGCAACAUUUGUCGUUCCCUUUGUAUAAUCCAAAUUUUCUUUAUCACAGCUCCUGUCAAAGGGAGCAUUUGGCUACGUGUUACCCAUUGUAUCCUUUGUGGUGGCUUGGCUGGAAACCUGGUUUUUAGACUUCAAGGUCCUCACGCAAGAAGCAGAGGAGGAAAGAUGUAAGUGCAAACACAUAUUAAAGGAUCCUUCACUCCUCUUGUUCAAGUAACAAGGCAGAGGGGUGUGGGGUGGGUUGUUGGGUAGAGCAAACUAUCUGUACACAGAGUAUUGAUGAAAUACAAAAACUGCAUGUACAGUAUGUGACAGUGGUAAAUUGCAGGUAUAAUUGGCAUUGUUGUAAUAGCAAAAUUUAAAAAAAAUUAUAUUCUGGUGACUAAAGGUAGAAUAAAUGAAAUGAAGUAGCAUAUCUUCCAAAAUUCCCUUAUUACCUGAAAGUAGCAGGGAGAGGAAGCCUGAGGAGCAGGUUGGAGGAUAUGUUUAGAAUCUUGCAUUUACUGGCUUUCCCCAGCAAGUGGCAGCAGUGAGCUUUAAAGCAGGGGUCCUCAAACUUUUUAAACAGGGGGUCAGUUCACGGUCCCUCAGACACUGUUGAGGGCCGGACAAUAAACAAUAUGAAUGAAUUCCUAUGCACACUGCACACACACGCAUAAGGACAUAAAUACAUACACACAUAUAUACACACAUACACAGUCAUGCAUAUUGACACAUACAUACAUACAUACAUACAUACAUACUGACAUACACACAUACAUGCUGACAUACAUACACAGACACACAUAUAUACGUACGUACGUACAUACAGACGUACGUACGUGCAUACAUGCAGACACACACACAUGCAUACGUAUAGACACACACACACACAUAUACAGGCGCGCACAUACAGGCGCGCACAUAUACUCAGACAGACAUACAUACAGGCACACAGACAGACAUAUAAAAACAAUGGAAGUCUGCGCCAAGAGAAAUAAAUUUACACAAAUAAAAUUUAUGUGGUUAAGAGGAAAGAUAAAUAAAUAUAAAAAUGAAAUAAAUAUAAAAAGCAGUCCCGAUAGGUAUAUAUUCUUAGUUGCUGUUUCAGCUGCUAUAAUGUCUUCUCUGUUGAAAGUAGUUCGUCUCGUGAUAUAAAAGACACAAUGGGAAAGGACCAAUCGUGUGGAAUGUAUAAAAAAGUGAUAAUAAAAUUAAGAUAUAAAUUGUACACUCACAUUUAUAUGAGCUAAGGCCAGCUCAAGUGUAACGGGCAUACAGCGGAUAAACCCCCGCUUAUGGGAUAUAGCAAUGCUUGUCCUCCGGAGAGUGCUUGUAUCCAAUUCUCAAAGGGAGAGAGAUAAAGAACAACCAAUAGUGCUCUCUGGUGACACAAUAUCAAAAUAGGUAGAAGUUAAAAUAAAAUGUACUCACAAGUGGAGUGCAGGCCUGUCUGCACUCGGAUGAUAGCGUAGGUGGUAUAAUCCCCACCUUUGGAUAUUUAAAAUGCCAGGAACGUGUGUGUGUGUGUGUAUAUGUGUAUGUGUGUGUGUGUGUGUGUAUAUGUAUGUAUAUAUAUAUAUAUAUAUAUAUAUAUAUAAUGUGUAUAUAUAUAUAUAUGUGUGUGUAUAUAUGUAUAAAAGAGUACUGAUACAAAAUUAUUUAUUAGUGUAAAAUAUAAUAAUAUAUUGUAUACAAAUCCAAAUUUGUACUAUUAAACUAUAGAGGGUUAGAGGGUGACCCUCUGUUAGGCCGCUGCCUUUUUUGUAUUUUUAUAUUAUUAGCGCUAACCUUCUUCUUUUAUUUUAUACAGACAGACCUACAUACGGACAUGCACACAUACAUACUGACACACACAUACAUACACACAUACCUACACACAUACAUACUGGCAUACAUACAUACUAACAUGCACACAUACAGCUAAUUUUGCUUCCCUUUUUUUGCAGGUGGAAGGCUGUGGCUGAUGGGAGUCGGCGUGGCUCCCGCGGCCUGGCUUUGUUCCCUCCUGCGCGGAGGGAGCUGGGAGGAAGUGACCAGCCGUCACUUGCUCCAAGCAGUACUUUGCGGCUGCAAUGUUUUUAAAGGGGCCCGGUCGCACUAUUGCACGGCCGCAGCGCUGACCGGGCCCCUGAAGAUAUAAGGCUCGUCUGGUGGCCCUGGUUCCUUGGGCCGGGUUCAGAACCCUGGCAGGCCGCAGUUUGAGGACCACUAGAGGGUCAGGAACACAAACAUAUAUUCCUGACCCUAUAGUGUUAAAACCGCCAUCUGGCCCCCCCGGGCCCCUCAUAAAUAUAGUAAAAUCUUAGUUUAUUCAAGCCGGAAGCUAUAACUGCAUGCUGUUUGCCUCAAAAAAAACAAGCUGUCUGCUGACAUCAUCAGAAGUGGUGGCCUGAUCCAUUUCCAGUGCUUCCCCAUAGGAUUGGCUGAGACUGACAAAGAGGCAGAUCAGGGGCAGAGCCAGCAUGAUUCAAACACAGCCCUGGCCAAUCAGCAUCUCCUCAUAGAGAUGAAUUGAAUCAAUGAAUCUCUAUGAUGAAAGUUCAGUGUCUGCAUGCAGAGGGAGGAGACACUGAAUGUUUGGAUGCAUUUUAAGCAGCCAUGACCCAGGAAGGAUCUCUAACAGCUAUCCAAGGAGUGGCCAGUGAAGUAAUCACUAGGCUGUAAUAUAAGCACUGCAUUUUCUCUGAAAAGACAGUGUUUACAGCAAAAAGCCUGAAGGUAAUGAUUCUACUCACCAGAACAAAUUCAAUAAGCUGUAGUUGUUCUGGUGACUAUAGUGUCCCUUUAACUAGCCGAGGAAGAGGCUCCACCCAUCAGAAGAUUCUUCUUCUGGCCUAUAGGGGUCUGAUUUUUAACUCCUAAAUCUUUCCUGUUAACGUGCAGUUUAGCUCCCAGCAGCUGAAUAAGCAAAUUGCAUUCUACCCAUGACUACUAUCAGUUUGACAAUGUUAUGGAUGUGGUCCACACAGUGUUUACUUGAGCCGGGGACUGCUCAUAUGCACAGUCACGUUUCUGGCUCUCUCAUAGAACCAGUAAGGUUAGGUGUGGGGUUGUGCAUGCUGCAAAAAUAAUAAAGUAAUGCUUGAUAAUCUGCGCAAUGGACAUAGGUUGUUAAAGGUGCUUGAAGUCAACUCCAGCUUGUCACACUUUUUAUUUUCACUCUCCAUUAGCUAGGGGUAGCCUGUGAUAGAUCUCCGGCUGUUACAAAACCUUGAGACCUUUCCAGCCUUAAAUAUAAUCAACAUUUCAUAUUUAUUAGAGUUUAGACAACAUCUCACGACUCCAUGUUCGUGCAGUGUAUACAUCUUCUUGGGAAGAUGGCUUCUCUCAAAUUAGUAAAUGUUUCUGUAAUGUUAACUGAGUUGAACUAAAAAGUAACAUUUAAAUUUCAUGUGAUUUUUUUAACUUAUCAGAAGAAUAAAAUGGAAUGCACUUGUUGACUUUUUAAUGUGUAAAUUGUAGAGAAGUGACUGUUCCCCUUAGAGGGCUUUAAUAACAUUGCAUUACUUAAUUCUGUAACUUAUUGUCACUAUGCACGCAUGCGAAUCUGCCCUUUCUCUCUGUUUAAAGCCAUUUACAGUGUGGUGAAACUUUUUGUUUUUGUGUGCCUUGUAGGGUAUACAGCUGCCCAGGCUGCAGCUUCGCGGCCUGCACUCCUAUACCCCGGAGCUCUUUCUGAAGGACAAUUUUACUCUCCACCAGAGUCAUUUGCAGGUAAUCUUCCUGUUUAUGAAUUUAUGUAGCACUUAACUCGGCUAGGUAUCUCUAUUACCUAUCAUGCAUAUGGACUGGAAUAAAUACAACCAUAUCUGUUUAUAGCAGCAUAAGACUUAAACUAUUCUGCACCCUGUGUCCCCACAGGAUCCGAUAAUGAGUUUGAUGAGGAUGAGGAGACAGUUGGAAGAAGGGCUGUAACAGAGCAGGAACGAGAGUAUGUGAGGCAGGGGAAAGAAGCAAUGGAAGUUGUAGAUCAGAUCCUCGGUCAAGAAGCAAACUGGAAGUUUGAGAAGAGCAAUGUGAGUCUCUUGUACCCCUCUACCUGCAAUGGUCCCCUAUUUUCACCUGCUUUAUCAUUCCUUCCCCUAUUCCUUACUAUGCGACUUGCUCUCCUCUUCGUACACUGAUCAUAGACCGUGUCAGUGGAACUCUUUGUAUUCAUAGUCCUUUAUAUGUGCUACGGUUAUUGCACCGUUCAUUAACACGUUCUCUGUUUCCAUUUCAUUCACAAUCAGGAAGUUGGUGACGCUGUAUAUGCAUUGGAAAUACCUUUUCAUGGAAAGACGUACAUUCUCAAGGUAUACCUAUGAUUUGGCACAAAAGUUCUUAUGACGUUCUUGGAUGUCUUUUUGGUUAAAAGAGAGUGAUCGUAUAGGAACAACAAUUUGUUGAAGUCGGAAUGUUUGUUUCAAAUAAAUGAAAGCAGCAAUGUUUUGUGUGCAUGUUUUAUGUAUAAAUUAUACUGUACUCCAGACAUUGACUUGCCUCUUCUGUGCAUACCCACAGGCUCUCAUGCAGUGUCCAGCUGAGAGUGUCUACCAAGAAGUAAUACUUCAGCCCGAGAAGAUGGUCUUGUGGAACAGGACCGUGGCUCUUUGUCAGGUCAGAGUUUUUUUUUGUUGUUGUUUUUUUUUUUUUGUCUUUUGCUUACUAGAAACAUGUCUUGAACUCUUCAUCAGAAUAUAAAACCACUACUUUUCCCUGUGGACUAGAGUUUAAAGGACCACUAUAGUCGCCAAAACAACUUUAGCUUAUUGAAGCAGUUUUGGUGUAUAGAUUAUGUCCCUGCAGUCUCACUGCUCAAUUCUCUGCCAUUUAGGAGCUAAAUCACUUCUCUCCUGGCUGCGACUCACCCAGCCUCCCUGCACACUUCUUGAAAGAGUCUAAAUGAAUUUGACAGAGCAGGAAAUAAGUGUUAAGACCUGCAGUGGUUAUGGUGCUGUGGUCUUGGUUCCCUCUCCCAACAGCUGAGCAUGAGUGAUUAUAGCUGCAGCAGGGAGUAGAGGAAUAGAAUAGAUGAAAUGCAGUUCCAAGGUGAUUCUUCCCAGCAAGUAGAAUAUACUCCAAACAUGAGCCUAGACUUCAUGAAGGGUGUAACAGGAAUAGUCUUUAUUGAAAACACACGGGCUUUUAUGAGAAAUCCUCCUGCAAGAGGACCUCCCACCGCAAACAAAAGCAACAGCCAAUCAUCACACAGAUUUACAGUAUUACACGCCUCCUCUCUGCCUGGGAGAUAUUGAGAUAAGUUAAGGAAUAAACCAAUUAUCUCCAGGCAGAGAGCACACAAUUUCCCCAAAACUUAGAACACCCCUUUCCCCACAAGGUAUCCCCACAAAUUACAUAUCCCCUGACAGCCCCGAUUCGAUCGGUUCAGGGGUUCUGAAAAAGUGUGGAGGGUCCCUUUUACCGACCACACACGGAGCUCCUGCCCAAAACAGUUCCAUGAAUUCAGCGUGUGCGGUCGGUCAAUUCACAAAACUGUAAAAAACGAACAAAAGUCCCGAAUGGAUCCCCCGGCUCAUAGUAGCGAUUGCUCCCCUUGUCCGUUCGCACAGAACUACCGAAUGAGGCUUUCCUGGCUGUUCGGGAAGUAUGAGAAGCCGGUGUUCGGUAGUUCGUGAGGUCGAGUGUCCGAUUUUAGUUCCAGACACUCGACGACCAAGAUGGACACCGUUUUCUUUUCCACGUGGCGUUCGGUUAUACGAACAGCGGCCGCCCAGGGAGGACUUAAUGGCUGGUUUCUUUUGAAGUAAAUGAGCCAGGAGGGUGGUCGGCGUUCGGUAGUUUCAAACUACCGAACCAAUCCAUUCAAUAUACAAGUAUUAACAUAUAAAAAUACUGAAUAAAAAGGGAGAAAAUGACAGGUAAGUCUAUUUUCUUCACAAUAAGAACUUCUAAAGUGAACAAACUGUGCUCUAAGGUGGGGGGAGGGGAUCAAAUUUAUUUUCGUGCAGGCUUAUGAGUUGCAGUCAGGGGAGUGUGGCUUUGGCUGCAUAAACCGAAACAAAAGUGGUUUAACUCCAAAAUGGUAGAGAUUGAACAAUGAAACUGUAGUGGCAUGUUCUAAACAUAGAAACUGCUUUGUUAAGCUAAAGUUGUUUUGGUGACUAUAGUGUCCCUUUAAAGGGUUACUAAAAGUUAUGAUGCCAGAAGUAUCCCACAACUGUUCUCUGGUAAUGAAGCAACACGUUUUGCACAGUUGCUUUCUCCCUUUUACCAGGUCCCCCCUAGCUGCUUAGGCUCCUAUCCUGCCUGGUGACAUUUAUCCGGGUCCUGUAGAGCUGCAGAAGCCGGAUGCUGCCAUUCAUUUGGUUAGAGCGUCUGCUGAGCGGACAUGGCAAAUAAAUAACCCUCUGUGCAUAGAAAUAUAGGUGCCGUGUCUUCACAUUAAGUAUUGAUCAGUUUUGGAAAGUAUCUGUUGGUAUUCUGCUUACAAACAAUAAUUAUUUGCCAUAUUGUAGCAAAGCUUGCAUUUAUAUAUAUUUUACCUUCUAUUGCGCUUUUGUGCCUAGAGCACUCUGUAAAGAGUUUGUUUGGGUCUAUAUUUCUUACAAGAAUAGUUUAAUAAAUGUAUUUUAUUAUUAUAUACAAGGCUAUUCACUAAAGUGAGAAUUGUUGGGAAUUCAAAGUAAAUUCCAAAUUUAAGGCGAAAGUAGCUAAACUGGAAAACUUCAAGUCUGCUAUUCUUCCAGUACGGCUACUUUGGCUUUACAUUUUAAAUUUACUUUGGGUUUCUGACAAUGCCGACUUUAGUACAUAACCCUGCAAGUGUUCAUAGGCAAUGGAAAUACUGUCAUUGUUAUUUCAAACCACAUGACUGUAGCCAGGUGAGUUCUGCCAUCACAAGAGAGAAGUUACAGUAAAGUUUUAUCUAUCUUCUUGAACCCCUAGAUACCCACACAAAGAUGGUUCACCCAGAUGUUGGCACACACACAGAUCUGUACUGACACAUACAAACAUACACAUAGAUCUGUACUCUGAGCAUUUACACGUGCAUCUGCAGAACUAACCCUACUCCAUGCUAAAUUAACACAACACUCUCCACGUUAAAACAAUGACAACAGCAUUAACUUCCUCACCCUCUGCAAUAGUCUUACACCGAGGUUCAAUAACCCCAUAAAUGGUGCAUUAAACCCCAAACUGAUACACAAUUGUAUACACACUCAGACAGAUACACACAUAGUCGCACAUAGUUACGACAUAGUCAAAGGUGCACUUUGAUGACAUAGUCAAAGGUGCACAAAUAUUGGCACACAAACAUACAGACAUGCAUUGGCACUCUUGUCGUGUCGUGCCGUGCAGAGAAGCAGGACAUGUGCAGACUGUGUCUCCACCUCUAAUCUCAUCUCCCCUCCCUCCGAACCCCAAUGUAGUGUGACUGGGCAAGUCCUGCCAAAGUCCUGAGCGGAAGGCCUCUUUCUCCUGGCAGAGCUCUCCACUAAAGAUCUGGCGCACCGGAACAGGAAGCUCUGUGUGUUGGUUUCUUAGUGGAAAGACCUGUGAGAAGAAAGAGCUCUUCAUCUUGGAAUUCUUUCGGGACACCAUUUAGCCACGCUACAUUAAGAGGGAAAGGUUCAGACAUGUUAUAUUGCCAGAUAAGCAUCACUGGGCCGCAGAAGGGAUAGUUGUUAGAAUGAGGGAGUGUUUGAGCUGGGCACUAGGUAUUGAUGAAAUUGUUGGGAUUGGGUUCUUAUGAGUUACUUGGGAUUAGAGUUUUGCUUGAUCACUGUCUUAAAUUACAAGAAGCACUUGGCCCCAAAUCAGUCCUCCUGACCGAUGGCCUUGUGACAGACUCUGAAGGGAGCGUUUCAGUUCCAUCUGCAAAAUUCCAAAGAAACCACUGUGGCUAUCUAAUUUCGUAUCAGAACACAUGAAUAUCAGCAUAUUAACAAGCAGGUUUUUGUCUCACCAUGUUUAUGGAAAAAUGUCUGUGGGAUAGUAGGGAUGGGCUUGAUAAUUCACCAUAAUUUGGGAUGCUUAUUAAUUCUACAUUAUGUUGGUCAAGGCUUGAAAGUCCCCUUCAGCAGUAUGUGGAAUUAAUAAUCUUACAAUCAAGAACUCGAAAAAAACCACAAAAUGAUUUAAUUUCACAUGACGUCCACAUUAGACAGGACCACUCUCCUUGGCAUGUUACGGUUACCAUAAUGGUUAUCCAUCCAAAAGACUGACUGAGAACUGUGGGAAACAAAGUCCACGUUAGCUGCUGUGCCAAUCUCACCUUAUGAUGUCCUACACAUGGACAGGAUGUGCAGUAUGCCCCUUGCAUUCCCCCCGAAUGUAAGAUUGUUUCAGCAGGGCCUUUUAACGCCCUCUGUUCCUAUGAAUCUAACUUGGCUUGUUGCAAAUAUUUGUUAGUCCACCUAUUGUACAGCACUGCCAAAUUUCUUGGUGCUUCAUAAGUAAUAUUAAUGGCAAGCCAUGUACAAGCUGGCCUAGGUGUAUUACAGUCACAGUAAGAUUAACUCUCAGUAUUUACAUGGUGAUGAAAACUGGCAGAAUAGGGAAAAAUCUAUCUUUCAGAUGAGGAGUGCUGUUUGAUGUUUAUGUUUCAUUUGCUUAUCUAGAGCAGCAAUAUGUAACUUGCUUUGACUUUUGAAGAGAUUACGUUUAUGAUGCUGACUCAGAAUCUGUGAUAUAUUUGUGAAGUAGAAAAACUAUUUGCGGGCUUCCUUUUUAUUUUUUUAUCAUCUGAAUUUUACAUAUUAAACCAGCACCCUUGUUUAAAUGACACAACAGUAAGGGUAAACUUAAUAAAGCUUUGCUUCCCACCCCCUUAAACUACUGCUCUAAGAAGAAAAUCCCGUGCCUUGAUUGCCCGCUGAGGCUGUGCAGGCUGGCACCAGUUUUAAAUGGGCUAUUGCUGGCUAUCUCACUAAUUGGUUCAUUGUUGGGGUUUGUGUUAGUUUUAGGAUCAGCCAGUGUUAGAAAUAGCAUGAGAGGUUGACACUGGCUACAGCGUCUCUGGGAAGCACAAAAGAGGAGUGUAAAAUAAAAAUAAGGGCAUAUUUUACUAUAGCUUCCACCAAAAGUUGACAAAGUUUUUUUUUUAUUUAUAAAACUUAGGACAUGCAGCAGAAAUCUCGGGUCCGCAUUAGUAGGUCUCUGAAUGUCCCCAUUCAUUAUAUGUAUGUGAAAAAACUAAAUUUGACAAAAACUGAUGAUGUGGCCAAGUGAAAAAGAUUCAAAAGGGUCCAUUGUGGCAUUGCAGAGUAAAUUAAUAUCCGUAAAACAAAAGUUAAGCAUUACUAAAGCCUUGCUUUUUAAAGGAAGUGAAACAUUUCUUUGUAUGUGGCACAGGGAACGAUUACCGAAAGUCAAAUGAGUAACAUGUUUGGGAAUUAACCCACUCCUUUCCCUGUUAUUGCUAUGCAAUGCUGGAGCAAUAAAAAAAAAAGGAAGUUCUCUCUCUCUCUCCUCACAAACAAUGACAUUCACUAAACAAUGGGAUAUUAUGUUUGAAAUAACUCCUAUACCAGCAUGAUUUUCCAUGGUUUCUGUUAGAUAGCUACAGUCAUCUAUGCAGUAUUCACCAACUAUAGAUUGUACGUUCAUUUGAAAAGGCCUGACGAUUCUUCCAAUGGAAAGUAUGGUGAUAUUUUUUAUUUUAAAAGGACAUCCUAGGCCAGAGGUGUCCAAAAGGUAGAUCCCCAGAUGCUGUUGAACUCCAACUACCAUGAUGCUUUGUAUGCCUUUGCAUGCCUUUUAGAAUAAAAAAGCAUCAUGGACGCUGUAGUUUUAAAACCUCUAGGGAACCACCUUUUGGCAACCCCUGUUCUAGGCAUUAUAACCACUUCAGCUUAUUGAAGUAAUAGUGGUGUCAUGGGUACUGUUCUUUCAGCUUUUUGUUUAAUUUUUUGAACUGUCUUCAAUAAGCUGAAGUUGUUAUGGUGCUACGGAGCCCCUCUGGCAAACUAGUUCAUCUCUUGUGCAGUACAAGACACAAUGCAGUUACUUUAAAAAUAAGUGAAUGCAUACUGCAAGGGAUGAUUGGAUAGUUAUAGCCACUAUAUGACUUCGUGUAGUUUAAUACAAUCCUCUAAGCUAGGCUUCCUCAAACUCCGGUCCUCCAGAUGUUGCUGAACUAGAACUCCCAUGAAUCUCUGAAUGAAAUAGGCUGAGAAUCAUAGGAGUUGUUGUUCAGCAACAUCUGGAGGGCCGGAGUUUGGGGAUGCCUGCUCUAAGCAUUCUACUGUAACCUCCAAUAGUCCAGGUUUUAUCAAUAUCAAUAAACGCCGAAGUUUACUGCACGCCGCACUACAUAUCUGUCCUCCCCUGUACUUGUUGUAUGUGGAUGGGGUUUAAAAACUUCCUCCUUUUCACCAUAGAUCCUGCAAAGAGUGGACGAUAAUACUUUGGUGUCAUAUGAUGUGGCUGCCGCAGCUGCUGCUGGAGUGGUGUCUCCUAGGUGAGAUUUUUUUUUUGUUUGUUUGUUUUUCCCAUUAAAUUCUCUAAUUCAGUUCCUUUAUAACACUCGCCUUCGUGUCUACCAGGGAUUUUGUGAACGUUCGGCGGAUCGAGAGAAGGAAAGAUCGGUACAUAUCAUCAGGGAUUGCAACCAUGCACCACGCCAGACCUCCACAUACAAAAUAUGUCCGGUAAGAAUUCCAGUCAUUGGGUUUUAAUAAGCCAAAAAGAAACUACAUCUAGAUUAAGAUUUUAAAUUAUGUUGUGAAUUUUGCUUUAUAAAUGUAUAUGCUUCUUCGUGGUCACUGGCCACCAGGAGGCACUGCUCUUAAAAGCAGCAAAACAGAUUAUAGACCCCACAGGGUUAUUGACUGAAGUGAGAAUUCAAAACGUAUUAAAAGUGAAUUUUUAACUUUAUCCCAAAGUAUAAGCAUAACUGACUUAGAGAAUUUCCUUAGUAUUAUUAUUUUUACCUUGCGUUUGAACUUUACCUUGAAUUCUCACUUUCAACUUCAAAUUGAAUUCUCUAAAUAUCCCUACAGGUAGAACACCUUGAAUGGCAAUAUGCUGCCACAAUAGUAGCCCUGAACCUGCCCUUUUCUCUCGUAUUUUAUGUCUUGCUAGAAUUCAUAUGAUGCUUCUUCUUGCCUCCGUAUAGAACAGGUCACCAACUCACACAUUCUACAAAUUGGUGCAGAUUAAUAGCUCAUUUUAAACAUUCUUUUUACGUAUUUAUUUUCCAUGAACACUUUAGAAAUCCACCAGACAUCAGAAAUGUCUUGGCUGAGCUCAGCUGAAUUCAGCAGAGAUUCCUAGUAAUUAGUGGGUUCCUGCUGCUAAUGGAUGCUUGCAUGUUAAAUUGCAGAGUCCUGGAUACUUUGAAUGAAUUCAAGUAAAUAUUUCACAAAAAAAUCCACAAAAUAGUUUAUUUAAAAAAAAAAUAAUAUGAAUUCUAACUCUUGGUGGUUUGGCCCUUGGCUGUUUGCUACUUUCUCUUACCAUGACAUGUAGCUCCCUUUCUCCGACUAACAAUAGUGAGAUGCCACUAUAAAAAUAACCAGGUGUUCUCUUACCUUUUUCUCUCAACAUGUCUCUGCUCUAUAGUACUGAGACUAAAUCAAAGGAUACACAUGUAGCGGAUACCAAAAAAAAAUCAAAAGCAGAAGAAACUAUUCUGAUCCUUCAGCAAAGUUGAGACCACCUUAACCCUAGCUUAUAUAGAGACCAGGGACUUGGAGACCCCUAGUUUGCCAUAAAUCGUAUUACAGUCCACUCAGGAGAUACAGUAAGUUAUAGUGGUUUUGAUGAUUAGAAUAUAUCAUUAAUAUAUAGAUUGGUUUAAAGUGACUAGUCAACUAGUACACGUUAUGCAAUUUUAAAGUAAAUGCUUCGUGGUUUUAUUAAAAGUAGGAAAAACAUGACAUUAUAAUGUUUAUAACGGCGUGGAAUCAACACUGUAUCUUAUUCAAUAACGAAGAUUAAAAAUCAUUUGUAUUUCAAACUCAUAACAUGCAACGUAGGGAAGAGCCCAAUCCGAUGAGACAUGAGAAGGUGUUCUGUAUGAAAAUUUUAUGUAGAAUGUUUUCUGCAGAAGAUCUUAGGAUACUCCCAAUUCCAAGAGAGCCACAAUAAAUGAGAAAAAAAAAAAAACAAACACCGUAAAGCAUAUCUGUGAGAGAUUUAAGGUUUAAUGGCUUUGUCGGCUCUGCUCCCAGGUCCAGCAACUGUUGGUGUUCCUUGCUCUUUUUAGAUAUUUAAAAAUAUAUAUAUAUAUAUAUAUAUAUAUAUAUAUAUAUAUAUAUAUAUGUAUUAAGGCAGUUUUGCCUGUAUUUGUGGGAGGGGCUUAAAUUAAUUCACUCCCCUAUAUAAGGGACACCCCUUACCUGACUCAUAUCGCUUGAGGUCAGCAUCAGAAUGAUUUCCACUUCCGGGUCAUCCAGACGCCAUUUUACCUGAUUACUCCAUGAGGUUUUCUAAGCUGAGCUGUGUCAGGAAUCCAGCCACAGGCUUUUCCGGCCUACCACCUUCUUUCUUCAAUCUAUCGCUGUGGAUGGUGUCCAAGUGACUCACAAACCGUAAGUUGACCUACCCAUUACGCCAGGCAUCAGUCCCACGGCACCAUGCAAGGGUCAGGUCCUCACUUUACUGCUGCAUUUUGUCUAAGUCUGUUCUAAAACCAUUGCAUGUUCAUGCAUAUCAUUCGUUUAAACCCCCUACUGGUCUUUGGGUGUACUACAGACUUCUUAGACAUUAUCGCAUUUCAUGUACAAACCAACGAACCACUGCAUCUUUGCCUACACACUGACCCCUACCGGUCAUUCGGUGUACUACAGGCUUCUCAGACAUUAUUGCAUUUCAGGUACAAACCAACAAACCACUGCAUUUUUCACCUACAUACUGACCCCUAUCAGUCAUUCGGUGUACUACAGGCUUCUUAGACAUUAUUGCUUUUCGUGUACAAAACAAUAAACCACUGCGUUUUUACCUACACACUGACACCUACCGGUCAUUCAGUGUACUACAGGCUCCUCAGACAUUAUUGCAUUUCAUGUACAAACCAACGAACCACGGCAUUUUCGCCUACAUGCUGACCCCUACCGGUCAAUCGGUAUACUACAGGCUUCUCAGACUUUAUUUCACUUCAUAAGCAAACAAACUAACUACAGCAUUUUCGCUUUUAUACUGACUCCUAUCUGUCAAACGGUAGGAUUAACCCCUUAAGGACACAUGGCAUGUGUGACAUGUCAUGAUUCCCUUUUAUUCCAGAAGUUUGGUCCUUAAGGGGUUAAAGGGUAUUUUUACCAUACAAUCAGCAUUUAUGAUCCCUACUGGUCAACAGCAAAACUGUCUUCACAUGUCAUAUACAAUUUACCAGCCAAUAUAAAUUACACAUAAGAUUGUUUUAACCCCUUAAGGACACAAGACAUGUGUGAUAUGUCAUGAUUCCCUUUUAUUCCUGAAGUUUGGUCCUUUAGGGGUUAAACAUAACCAUAAACCAUAAUGAAACUCCAGCACGGGCUCAAAUUCAGGUCUAAUUCACAAUAAUUAACAUUUCACAUCAAGACCAACAGUGGUUCUAUCAACACUGCCACCUACAGGUCUGUCAAGUACAUUGACAAUUUUCAUGGGGUUUUACAAACACCAAAACACUUACACCUGUAGGUCAACAGACAAACAACAUUUCACAUACCAAUCAGUAUCCAAUUACACUGCCACCUAUAGGGCACUCGGCAGAUCUCCAGUGCACUUGCCUUUUGCAACACCAUGUUCACUGACCCCUACCAUUCAAUAAGACAUACAACAAUUCACAUAGCAAGCACUAUAUCAACAUCAGGUAUAAAUACAUAUAUUAUUACACAGUAGCAGACGCGUCUGUAUAUACGUAACUGGUAAUAUAGUUCACAUACAUUUUUCACAGCACGCUGCUCACGCAACAGACUUUCCCCUAGCAAGGGGACAUACAACAUACAAGGUGGGGACAGACCACAUUUUCACUUGUACAUACGGCACUUAAUGGGUUAAGAUUGAUACAUAUUUAACAAGUAUGGCUACGAUGUUUAAUAUUUACACAUCAUGGCACUUUACUUUUCACAUAUACUGUACGUAUUAAGAUAAGCUUGGUCUAUGCCAUAUUUCCUUAUGCCAUACGGUUUUAUCCAUUCAGGUUACAGUUACUACUAAAAAACCUAUACGGAUUGUCAGGUUCAAUACCAUACUACCAGGUACAUACACCUGCUCACGUAGUUAUCCAUCUCUUACCUUCCCUGGAAUAGUAAUAGUGUACUGGCAAUUAGGGUUCUAGGGCCCAAUAGGUAUUACCCCCUUUUUUCUCUGCAUUAUGCUUCGGUUAGUGGUCCCGCGAGGCCAACACCCCGCCUCACACUCGGAGGCAUACACCCCUCGGGCCACUCGUGAGCUAGCCGCCUCGCAUUGUAUCAUAGAGAGGGCCUCACCUGUCACUCCCCUUCCUAUUUUCUGGUUACUGUCACCGAGAGGCCAACAUCCUGCCACAACGUUCGGUGGCCACACAAAAUCCCCUCGCGCCAAGCAUAGAUAGAGCCUCUCAAGCCACUUGGCAACUAGCAGGGCCUCACCAGUCACCAAAAAACACCAAGCCUAAUCGUUUCGCCUUACGGCUUAGCUAGCAAGCCAGUACAAGAACCCUGGGUACAAAUAAUUGCAAUCUUUAUUGUUAUUUAAGUAUUUCUCAAAAAGAUGGUGAAGAAUCACCUCUUCCUAGCACCCCGGCUAGAAUGGAUACACCUUCAAGCAGAGGAGAUGUUGCUAGUCCAGCAGCAAUCAGAUCCUGGACGAUCCCACACAUUACCACCGACCUAAGGAGGUGACAAAUUCCCUACCCUGCUACAGCAAGGAAAGCAGAGUUAUUCAAACUCCUCCAUACAUCAACGGACAACACGGAGGCAGGGGAAGGCCCAGCUACAUCAACUCAGGUGACACCCAGGCUAUGCUAGCCUCACUCAUAAACUCAUGAGCCAAAAAUUUAUGACAGACUGGCAAUCUCGAGUUGGUCACCACAGCCCUCACAAGGCUGGGCCUCACGUUACUGUACAACCAGCACCAACCGAAACUCUGUUACCUGGUACAAUCAAUUCUUAUGACACACAAGAUGUUAACCCUGCACGUAUGAUCCCAGCACAUUGGGGAAGCAAGGCAUAUAUAUGUAUGAUGAUGUAUCUGUGAUGGUCAGAUCCAGGGAUUCCAGGUAAAUCGGGAACUGACCAUCUCUUGGAUGGGUUGGUAUUUGGAAUAUGUAGAGAUGUUUAUUUGUGCAGGUACCCAUACAGAAGGGAUUCUGUCCCAAACAAAUGGAUGAGCACUCUCAGGCUCCAGGUACCAGCACCUCUGAACUACCAGAGACCAUUGAUAUGAGUAGUUGCAUUGCAUAUAGACUGUUGCAUAUAUGUUCAAAUGGUUCAGGGCACAUGACAAACCAUGUGGCCCAAUACAACUUACAAAUAACGUACUCACCAUCUGUACACACCAAUGCAUUUUCAACACUACUGACUCAUCACCCUUCCAGACUUGUAGUAGAUUUACUAAAGCUCUGGAGCUUCAAAGGGCUCCCAUACAGGUAUCAUAAACACACCUUCAAGGAAUAUAGCAUGCCCUCACUUACAGUCAGCACAACAAAACCAUUGGCUGAAAACACACUCAUAGCCAAGAUUUGCAGAGGGGUCUUCCAAUCUCCACCAUUUACAGCAUGGCACCAAACACAAACACAUUGGUAUUGUCACAAGGAAUCUUCUCUUAAACAAAGACUAACCAUAGACUUAUUGGCACCACACACCUCCGCUACCCCAAGUCUCAACUCCCUCAUACCCUCCGAGGAUUUUUCUUACUAUACAACACCAUUGAUCUACCUUUACAGCUAUCACUCAAGCAUGGGUUAAAGCUUGGUUAAGUAAGACCAAUAUCAUCAACGCAGUAAACGGCUACCAUCUACCCUACACACUGGCACUUACAUGGCAUAAAUUGGGCAAUCCUUUCCCCUGCUCAACUUUCGAGCUACAGAUUAGCCUACUAUCGAUAUUCGCAGAUACUCUGUGCUGGUUAUGAUAACAUAUCCAGAGGCAUUACAGUCAUACACUAUCUAGAAGACUUCUUGUUGCUCAAAGAAAGCAUAUUUUUCACUAGAAGCCUCAUGGCAGCUUAGUCUGGUUGACCACUUGGGCGUCCCAGUACCCCAUAAGAAACAGAAGGCGCAGACACUAUCAUCACAUUACUGGGCAUAUGACUUGAGUCGGCAUCCAUACACGCAAGUUACCACAAGACAAAUAGGGAACAUUCUCAACUAAAUCAAUCACUACCUCCUGCUUAGUACUUACAACUACAAGGAACUACAAUCCCUACCAGGUUCCUUAAUUUUGCCAUGCCAAUUAUACCACAAGACCAUGCUUUCACAUCCAGAGUACUUUCCCCUUUUUUCCACACUUCCAACAUGACGAUCAGAGGAGGUGCCUAGACACCUCAGCAACAGCAGACCUGCACAUGGGGGGGGGAUUUCUUAACCACUUGGCAUGGUAAAAGCAUGUUCCUUCCAGGAUUGUCUGACACUUCUCCAACCAGAUGGUCAGACGCAGCGUAUACCACUGGUUUGGCAGCGAUCUACCGGGAACAAUUGCUUUGGAGCUGUUGGCCAUGGCAUCCAGGUUUGGACAUUUUUCCACCACUUCAGCCCCUUUGGGAGAUCUACCCCAUUGUAGCAGCUGCUGUGGCAUGGGGUAAAUCAUGGUCAGGGUCAUCAAUCCGUUGUUACUCAGACAACUAAGCACAUAUCAUAUCAUCAACAAACGCCACUACUCAUCCAUAAGUUCAUGAUGUUUCUGGGAAACUCACUUGGUUGGCCACUUAUCACAUUUCACUUUCAUGUACCAGACGGGGGUAUACAUCCCUGCCGACAAUUGUCUCAUUUAUAUUCCAGGCAUGUUCAUCAUACGCUUCCUACAGCCGCCCAUACAGUCACGUCCACUCUUUCAUUCCAGAGACAAAAUCAUGGAUUAGACAUAUUCAUGCAGCAUAGCAUGCACUAUCCCACCUAUCACUUUCGUCCCAUACUUGUAGAACGCAUAACACAGCUUCUCACCUGGCUUAAAGAAUCUCAUUGGAACACGACAUAGCUCAACCUGUGUCACAAAAUUUCUCCUAAGUUUUGCUUAUUUUUGCCACCUUAAACUUAAACUUAAACUAUCUCAUACACCAUUAAUGAUAUAUUUUACAAGCAUUCAACAACACAGGAUAACCUAUGGCCAAAACUACCAUAAACUUCGUGCUAUCAUACCAGAAAAGAAUAUACUCAGAGGUUUUCAGGAAUCCAUUCCUCCACGUUCCUCUCAGAGAUUACCAAUAGCCAUCCAACUUUUCAUCCUUAUCGGACCUAUUAGAUCUACAACCAUUCAAUUAUACUACCAAGUCGGCCAUUACCAGCCAUGCACAUUGCCUUUUAUGCCUUUCUCAGGCCAGAGAAUCCACUACCAUCACCACCACUCAGACAGAUCAUUGUCUUCAACGAUCCCACGUACGUAAACACAUAUAUCAUUACCUAUUGGCUCUACCACAUUCCGAAAUGAGUCAACAUGCACCAACAGUAGAGAUAACAUACUAUCCUACCCACAACAAAUGGUGCCCACUUUCGGUCCUAGAUUCCUACCUUCAAAAUCCUUUCAGGAAUUAAAUACUGUAAUGCAUUUAAGGAAAUGUCUGGUUAAUUUGUAUAUAUUUGUUGACUGUAUUAAAUCUUUGAUUAUUCAUUUUUGCCCUCUUUAUUUACAGGCCUACCGUAUCGUCGGUAUCGGCACACCACAACCGACUUGCUCCCUUUACACUAUCCUAAGCUUAUGCUGGAUCCUUACUCCAUAUACGGCUAUUUUGCCCCUUACACAAGUAUUAAGGCAGUUUUGCCUGUAUUUGUGGGAGGGGCUUAAAUUAAUUCACUCCCCUAUAUAAGGGACACCCCUUACCUGACUCAUAUCGCUUGAGGUCAGCAUCAGAAUGACCCUCCCACCCACUCCUCAUUUCAACACUUUCUCUUUUCUUUCCAUUUACUUUACUUUCUUACUCCUUGGUGGGCCCUCUUUAUUUACAGGCCUACCGUAUCGUCGGUAUCGGCACACCACAACCGACUUGCUCCCUUUACACUAUCCUAAGCUUAUGCUGGAUCCUUACUCCAUAUAUGGCUAUUUUGCCCCUUACACAAAUAUAUAUAUAUAUAUAUAUAUAUAUAUAUAUAUAUAUAUAUAUAUAUAUAUAUAUAUAUAUAUAUAUAUAUAUAUAUAUAUAUAUAAAAUUUUUUAUUUUUUUUAAUAUUUUUUUUAAAGACUUUAAACUUACCUGUAAUCCAACGUCUGGUCGGUCCUCUGCCUUCUGUGAUGGCAGCCUGCUUAAUGAUCACUUUGUAAUCCAAUUCUGCUCAUAGCGAAGCAUUAGGAAUGGAAGGCAUCAUGCUUGCCAAUCACCACACUCUGCCAAUUUUUGCUUCAAAUCCAGUGCUUCUCUAUGAAAAGCUUUAGAGAGUGGUAUUCUGCUCAGGAGGGGGGGACCUAGUAGUACUAGAGACAGGAACACUAUAACGGUGUAGGAAGUGCUUCUAGUGGUUGUCAGUCUGAUAUCCACUAGGAGGAGUGUUUUUGGCAAAAUGUAAAUGUUUUACAUUGUCUGAAAAAGUGAGCUGCAACUUAAACAUUACCUAGUAAAACUCUACAUUACAUUGUUAUGGUGUCACUACUUCUGCCCAGAAACUCACAUCCCUGUAGCUAAUCUGACCAACUAUUAACCCUAUCAUUACCACCAUACAUUUUGUCACAGAGCUUAGUGCCUUUUGGCAUUUAAAUUGCUCAGAAUGUCUGUCAUAUGUAUAAGUGGACUGAGCUUUAGGAUAAGAGGUUUGUGUGUGUGUGUAACCAAACCUUUUGUCUGUUUCUUCCUUCAGUGGGGAAAAUGGCCCUGGAGGGUUUGUCGUGAUAAAGAACCCCAGAAAUCCAUCGGUCUGUACUUUCAUCUGGAUCCUCAACACAGAUCUGAAGGUAAGGGAAGAUGAAAGCAUUCAAGGUGUUCAGCGGAAAGUAUAGAGAUGGUAGCAACAAUCUCUUCUCAUUAUUAUUUAUAAAGUGACGACAAAUCCCGCAGUGCUCUUCAAUAGGUGAACUGACAGACGAGUUGGAUGCAUAGGAACAGAGGGUGUAGUGUCCUGCUUAAACAAGCUUACAUUCUCAUAAAUAAAAAGCAGUCUUACCUUAGUUGCAAAUUUUACAUUUAAAUUUAACUACAGUUACAAAUGUUUACAUUAAAGUGAAUCUAUAGUGUUAGAAACACUAUAGGGCCCUCUGGUCCCCACUCACCCAAAUCCAGCACCGAUUUUCCUUGGUACUGGGUUUCGCUCUGCCUCCUCCAACGAGGGGGUUAAUGCCCAUGCGGGGCAAGCACUGCAAGCGCAUUAAGCCCUCCGCAUAGGAAAGCAUUGCUUCAAUGCUUUCCUGUGGGGAUUUCACGGACGCUGGGGAUUUUCUCUAAAACUACAAUGAUUUAAAUUGCACGACUAAGUGGGACAGGGACACUGCACCCAGACCACUUCAAUGACACAAAGUGGUCUGGGCGUAACUAUAGUGUCCCUUUAAUUCUUGAGCAUUUCUUUUUUUUUUAUUUUUUUUUUUUUUAUCACACAGUACAUUUUAGUAAUCCACUUCAGUUUGUGAUGGCCAAAGUUGGACACAACUGGUAAUACUCGUAACUUGUACUAGAUAGCGUCACAAAUAAAUGUUGCUUUAUAUCCUUUCUUGAAACUAACCCUUCCAGUAUGUAUUUUAAUAUUUAACUCAUACAAAAAAAUACACGUCAACAGCAAUCAUAAUUAAUGUCCAGGGGAGUUGAGCAUGCGCUAUAUUCAUUCUUUAUAAUUGGGCUAAUGCGCCUCCUUUGUAAAAAUGACAUAAUUCACAGAUCUGUGCUGGAGGCACUUUGUUUCAAAUGUGGUGGGAAUUCCAUAAGGUAUAUCAAUUUGGGGAACUAAUGGGGGGGGAAACGUAAGUGGUAUUCUGCGUAAACUUGUGGACAUACCUGCUGUCAAGAUAAGUGGAGGCUUACCUUUUCCAUGACAACAAAUUUAUAGGUAAAUUCACGCUGACUACUCGGAGGGCAGUGGCUCAUGACAAAAUUCAGCCUACCACGUGGACUAUAGAACUUGGCAAACUGAGAGUAAAGGGCAUUACUGUAUUUUUGCAAAGUGUUUGAUCACCCCAGUUAGAAUUUGACCUGAGCUGACCAGGUUUGUGGAGGGACGGGUUGGGGGGCCUGGAGAGUUACAUCUAAAGUCCCUUCCUUCACUUUCACUUUCUUAGCUGCUUUUCCCUCACUGCCCAUUGGCAAUAAAAAAAAAAAAAGGCCUUGUCUCCAUUCUAAAUUACAGCUCUUAUUGUGUUUGGUUUGUUUUCCAUUUCACUGUGAUACUUAUAAAAAUUGAGAAAAUAGACCAAAAAUCCACUAAUCUAAUAGGGAAUAAAUUAGAAUGCAAAACCUUUAUUAUUUGAGCAAGCCAAACUAUAAAUAACAGUGACAAACGAGACAAUUCAUGUGAUUAAUCCCCAGAUCGAAACAAUAAAGAUCUGUGAAAAAACAGUGAUAAGCAGAGUUAAUAAUUUAUUGGGUGUAAUUACUGCUAUAAUAAUGGCAGUUAUGUGUGUUUCGUGAUACAAAUGUAUUUUAUAGAAUGUUGCUACAUCUUGAUACUCGUGUAACAUAUAACUACUCAUAAGCUCUCAUAGCUGUAAUGUAUAUCCCAAUGAAGACCAAUAGUCGCAAUGUCUAUAGUAUUUAUAUAAAUAUAGGAUGACCUAUGAGGAGGACAUAGAUUAGAGACCAAAUUACCAUAAAUAGAAAAACAGAAAAUGUUGGAUGGCAGGGUCUGUACCUUCCUGCACACACACAAGUGAUCAGUAUGUAUAAUGGAGAGAAAAUGAGUUGGUCUUCUCUCCAGAAGUCAGUCCUCAAAAAUGAUUUGAUUUCUAGAGCAUGGCUCAUUUGUAUGAUCGCCUAAUUAGAGCUGUCCCGCCAAUAGUAUGAAUUAACCGUGAGAAUUGACUUCUCAGUGGGUUGGGGUACCCAGAAGGGUCUAAUGAAACUUAGAGUCCAACAUGAUGGGUAAUAUGGAAUCAAUGCAUUUGCAACUUACUCUGAUAUUAUGUGAGAGAGUGUGGUUAGGGAAGGACUCACAAAAAGUAAAAGUGGGAGUUGAUAACUAAAUAGUGCUUUCUACACCAGCCCUCCAUCUGUACCUGCAACUCCCAAUUACCUGCUGGCGUUAUGGGCUCAAAUAAUGAAGACAAUGGACAAUACCUCAUACACAGACUACAAGGUCCCUACCUCCACUUAAUGAAAAACGUGAAUCAAUAUUAAAAUUGCAUAUUGUAAAGAAACCUGACACUUCUGCACCUUCGUCAGGAAUUUCAAGUGAUAUCCAUGACGUAGGCGCAGGAUAUGAGAGCUUAUUAAUAGUUGUAUGUUACAAUAGUAUCAAGAUUUAGCAACAGGAUUUGUUAUAUUCUAUAAACUACAUUUUGUAUAGCUUAACAGUUCGCCGCCAUUAUAAUAGCUGCAAUUACCCCAAAUAAAUUAUAAAUGCUGCUUUUCACGUUUUUUUACACAGAUUUGUAUUUGUUUAUUUUUAUGGAUUAUUCACAUGAUUUGUCUUGUCUAUCACUAGAUGUUGUUCAUUGUUUGGCUUCCACAAUUAAUAAAGGUUUGAUCCUUAACUUAUUUCUUUUUGAGACUAGUGGUCUUUUGGUCAAUUUUAAAAAUGUUUCUAAGUAUAUGUGAGUUUAUGUACAUGGUUAUUCUCUUUUAAUUAGGAAUAAGCAGACACCCCCAUAGUGUAUUAAUUAAGGAUGCAACUAAAUUUUCAUCCGAACAUGGGCCUAUCCCAUUUCGGACAAAAAUGGGUAAAAUCUGCCGAAAAUAGAGCAGAGUGACUUGUCAGGCCCUUGGUCCAUGACUGAGGCCCGACAUCGGGAGAGGGCCAGGCAGCUUGCCCUGUGUGCCGUCGGGUGUGAGGCCCCUCCCGUCUGCCUGGGGAGAGAGCCAGUACAGUCUGCAGGUCCGCCCGGUGUGAGCUGCAGAUUGUGCUGCAUCUCGCAAUCUCUGGCCAAUCAGAGCGUUGCUGACGGUUAUCACGGCAACGCUCUGACUUCUGGAUAUCACGAGCACAGUCUGCAGCUCACACUCGGCGGAGAUGCAGUCUGGAGAGACAGCCCACCGGACCACCAGGGAGUCAGGACACUGGACGACCAGGAAAUGAAAGGUAUUACUAACCCCCUCCCGCUCUGUCACUCGUCACCCUCUCCCUGCCACCAGUCACCCCCUCUCUCACUCCCUCUCUCCCACGCUCUGCCACCUCUUUCUCCCACGCUCUGUCACUCCCUCUCUCCCACGCUCUGUCACCCCUUUACUUUGCCAUCCCUAUCCCACCCCACACUGUGUCCUACCUAUGCUACAUCCCUAUGACCCCAAACUAUGUGCCCUACACACACUACAUAACCUACAAAUAUACACACUACAUCCCUUUCCCACACCCCACUAUAUUCCAUACACACACUACAUACCCUACCCAAAUCAUUUAGGGGAAAAGUCGUUUUCGGCCAAGGGCAUCCUGAAGUUUCGUUUUCGGCCCAGAAUUUUCAUUUUGGUGCAUCCUUAGUAUUAAUCUUCCUAUAUGUUGUGUUUUUUUCUGUUUUUUUGAUGAUUUUUUUUUUUCUGUGUAGGGUCGACUACCUCGUUACCUUAUUCACCAAAGCUUGGCUGCUACAAUGUUUGAAUUCUGCAGUCACCUGAGGAAAAGAGUGAGAGACCUUCAUGCUGGGGCUUCAUAGACAUUGUUAUGGAAUCUCUGCGUCUGACUGUUGCCAAACUAAUAUUUUCUUACAAAGGCACUAGCUGAAGACUGCAAAUUAAAAUACUGGAUACAGGAAAAUGGCAGGAGGAGGUUCUGCCCACACUCUCUCAAUGCAACCUCCUGAUGUUUACUUCCUCAGAGAUACCUGUACAAUAUAGUCUCUGCCAAUCGUGUAUCUACUGUGGAAAAAAAAGUGUUUGUUUGGCGAUUUAACCGGAGAAUCUUUUGGUCUUCUCAAUGUGCACAAGUGGGGAGGAUUCUGACCUCACUCACCCUUUCAUCGCAGCCCAACCAGUCGUGCCAGAGUAACAGCGAGUAAUGCUUCACACACGCAUGGUGGACUGAAUUGCAGAGCUGUCGAUAAUGUGUACACUGUUUUUUGUUGUUUUAAUGAUGAGACUCUAAUAGCAUAGCUGUGUUGAUAGUUAACCCCCAUGCUGGGCAUGUAGGGUUAAAUCUCCCUUAAUCAUUAACUAACGAUUUAUGUUGGUUUGAGGAACAUGAGCUAUUCAUGGAUUUCCCAGACAUGUCACAAUUGUAGUUGCUGUGUUCAUGGGUCUGUUGGAUACCCUGUCUGCAGGCAAGAGGGUGCUCAGAACCAGUAUAAAAAGGCUGCUUAUUUAGACUGUUUUGUUUGUAUUACUAUUAACUCUUCUAAAGUUUAGAAGUUAUCUUAACACACUUGUAUUUUCACAUUUCUAAGGUUAAAAUCCUUUAAUGUCACAGUUUUUAUUGUGGGGUUGGGGUAACACUUAUUUAGAACUAACCAGUGCCUAGCACACCUGUAUUUUUAGGUUAAUGUUGCUUCCAUCGGACUAAGAAUGCCCAGGAAAGUGGAGCAUUCCUUCCCUGAUCUGAUGAGUCAGUAUUCCGGACAGUGACUUUGCUAUCAUGGCAGACUCUGGAUGGUGGAUAAGGGAACAACCCUCAGUGGCAGCCAUUUUGACUUUGUAAUGCCUUUUUGAGAGGACCUUUUUUUUUUAUUUUAUUUUUUUAUUUUAUUUUUUUUUUUUUGUCUAACAAAACUGAAUGCAAAUUUUUUUUGGAACUGUAAAAGAGAAAAGCCAACCUCUAUAAAUAAACAAGAAAACAGACAUGUUUAUCUUUUUAUUUUUUAUUUAUUUUUUAGGUCUACAAAAUAUCUUGAAAUAGCAAUUGUCACAUAUUUAGUAAACUAAUAACAAGGGCUAAUAAACUUAAAAUAUCUAAAGGAUUUAUUCUCUGUAAGGGGAUGAUCACGGACAUGAAAACAUGUCACAAUAGCAAAAAUAGAGGGGGAGGAUCCCUUUUGAGCUGGAUAUUUCAUUUAAAAAAAAAAUAAUUCUAGUUUGUCUAUUUUGAACGCUUACGAUAUGAAUGAUUUGGCUGCAUUGACCGGCUCUUUAUAUUGUGUACUGGCCAUUUAUCUCAAUAUGUGUGGCAGUAAUGAUGAAUGAAACCUAUUAUGUGUGUAUUCUAUCUAUUAUCCCCAAACCAUCCAGUGUCCAUAUGUUCUCAUUGCCUCCACUAGAUUUCAUCUCAAAAACAUAUUUUAUCAGAGAUAAUCCAAUGUUAAGGUAUCCACUUUCUCCUAUUUCUAUGAUUCUCUGUUGUCUAUGAUCCUUACUCAAUCCAAGAAAGACUGUUGUUCAGAAAUCCACAUUAAUACUAAGCCAGUGGCAUGAUACCUACUUGACCAUUUGCUCUUGGUAUCAAAAAAAAGAAAAUUGUCUUUCUUCCCUGACCACAGAGGAUUUGGUUGCAUCUUUUUAUUCAUAAGACUAAUGUCUAAUUCUGUGAGAGACCUGCAACAAUCUCUACUAUAAAAAAAAAAAAAAAGAGGUGGGUUGUUUUACUCAACGAAAAUGGUUUUUCAACGAGGAAUGUGGUCAAGCCUGGGAAUUUCUGUUUCAGACAGGCCACAGUGCAAACUCCACCCAUUACACCAGCAUGGUGUGUGAGGUAUUUCAAGUACAAACAAAUGGCAGUCAUUCAAAUCUAGGAAACUCUCUCUCUUUGCUAGAAAACGUUAAAAAUUCCGGUAUAUGUUGUACUGGAUCCCCCCAAAAAAUGGUCUAAAGGCAGUUUGUAAGUAAAUUCAGCGAGAGUCCUUGCAUUGGUAUAGUCGAGCAAUUUCAUUUAAAUUUGAAUUAAACCAAUAAAUUGUAGUUUUCUUUUUUUGGUGUGUGUAAAUAAAUAUAUGUAUGUAUGUAUGUAUGUAUGUAUAUAUGUGUAUGUGUAUAUGUAUGUGUGUAUAUGUAUGUGUGUAUAUAUAUGUGUGUGUAUAUAUGUGUGUGUAUAUAUAUGUGUGUGUGUGUGUGUGU